AUGUUAGAAGGUGCAAAAUCAAUAGGUGCCGGAGCUGCUACAAUUGCUUCAGCGGGAGCUGCUGUAGGUGUAAUCCCUAAGGACGAGGCCCCCAUCAAUGGGGGGGAAAGAAGAGUGGGUACGCGGGCUUCUUUAACUUUCAUUUUGGAGAGAGCAUUGUGGAGCAGCAAAAGGCAUAAGAAUGAGAGAAAAGGUCAGUCCUUCUCCUGUGAGAGACUCCGAAGUGGGCUGCUUUCAAGGGCCAAAAUUUCCCUGUUUCGACGUGAGAUUGGCUUACCUUGGUCUUUCUGUGUACCUAGAGUCAGUCUUCCCAUAGAGCUUCAAAGAUUCUGGUCUGGUUCGAGAAGCCUUAUAAAGUAG